GGUUCCGUCUCCGGUGGGGGCGGCGCUUCCGGCCGGGCCUGUCCGAGCUGGGAUCCAGCAGCGGCCCCCCCCCGGCCCGCAGCCCCCCGGCCCCGAGCCCGGCCCCCCCCCGCCCGGAGCCGGUCCCGGGGCCCCCGAGAGCGUCCCUCCCCGGAGGAGAUGGAAGCGAAUGCGAGCGACGAGGGCGUCCAUUUCCAGAGCUACCCCUUCGACUUCCUGGAGUUCCUGAACCACCAGCGCUUCGAGCCCAUGGAGGCCUACAACCAGGAGCACGCCAAGGCCGUGGCCUCGCUGCCCUGCCCCCAGCCCCCCUACGAGUACCCCCCACCGCCCGCCGGCACCCCCCACUUCGACCGCCCUGCCCCUGCCAAGCCCAAGGACUUCAAAGCUGAAGGCCCCGCCCCCUCCGCCUCUGGCGCCGCCCAGCCCAAGAAAGCCGAACCUGGCGCCGGCCCCCCACAGCAGUACAGCGCCGCCGCUGUGCCCGCCACCCCGCCGCUCUUCGAUGGGGCGGGGGCUUUCGGCGCCCCCCAGUGGGGCAUCGUGGACCUCUCGGGGCACCAGCACCUCUUCGGGAGCCUCAAGCGGGGGGUGGGCGCGGCCCCGGCCCCGGCGGCCCCGGCCGACAGCCCAGCCGGCAAAGACGACAAAAACUAUUUCCGGCGGCUGAAGUACUUCAUCGACCGGCGCUUCCCCUGUGGCGUGUGCCAGAAAUCCUUCAAGCAGUCGUCCCACCUGGUGCAGCACAUGCUGGUGCACACCGGCGAGCGGCCGUACGAGUGCUCCACCUGCGGCCGCACCUACAACCACAUCUCCAGCCUCAUCCGCCACCGGCGCUGCCACAAGGAGCCGCCUGAGGCCGGGCCACCGCUGCCGCCCCCCCCGCCGCCGCCACCGCCGGCGGCCGCCGCCGGCAGCACCCAGCCAGCCGGGGAAGGCAGCCCCGGCCCGGCCCACCCCGAUGGUCCCUUCACCUGUUCCCUGUGCUGGAAGGUCUUCAAGAAGCCAAGCCACCUGCACCAGCACCAGAUCAUCCACACCGGCGAGCGGCCCUUCAGCUGCUCUGUCUGCGAGAAGAGCUUCAACCGGCGCGAGAGCCUCAAGCGCCACGUCAAGACCCACUCGGCCCUGCUGCGGGUGCCCUGCGGCGUCUGUGGCAAGGAGUUCCGGGACGCCGCCUACCUGCUCAAACACCAGGCCUCCCACGCCGGCCCGCGCCCCGACUACAAGUGCGACGUCUGCGGCAAGGCCUACGCCGCGCCCCAGAGCCUGUUGCGCCAUCGCCAGCUCCACGAAGGGGCCGCCGCCCCGCCUAAGGACGCCCCGGCCGCAGACUCGGCCCCGGCUGCCUACCAGGGGCCCUUCCUGCUCCCCAAUGAGGCCCCCCACACCGAAGGGGAGGCCAAGGCGGCUUUCGGCAAUGCGGCACUGCUGGGGCCCCACCCGCUGCUGCUGGGGGCCGGCAAGAGCUUCUGCUGCGGCAUCUGCGGGCGCGGCUUUGGCCGGCGGGAGACGCUGAAGCGGCAUGAGCGGAUCCACACGGGCGAGAAGCCGCACCAGUGCUCGGUGUGCGGCAAGCGGUUCCGGGAGUCCUUCCACCUCACCAAGCACCACGUGGUGCACACCCGGGAGCGGCCCUACAAGUGCGAGCUGUGCGGCAAGGUCUUCGGCUACCCGCAGAGCCUCACCCGCCACAAGCAGAUCCACCGGCUGCAGCUGCCCUGCGCCCUGGGGCCCGCCGGCGCCCUGCCCGCCGAGGGGCUGAGCUACGGCUGCUCCGACUGCGGCGAGCGCUUCCCCGACCUCUUCCACGUCAUGAGCCACAAGGAGGCCCACAUGGCCGACAAGCCGUACGCCUGCGACGCCUGCGGCAAGUGCUUUGGCUUCAUCGAGAACCUCAUGUGGCACAAGCUGGUGCACCAGACGGCGCCCGAGCGGCUGCUGCCCGAGGGGGCCUGCGCCGAGGCCGCCCCGCCUCCGGGGCCCGCCGGCUGCCUGGAGAACGGGCUGCCCGGGGAGGCGCCGGCCGGUGCCGCCGGCGCCGGCCUGGCCUCCCUGGUGGCCCCGUCCGAGGAGCACCCCAUGAUCCCCAGCGGGGAGCGCUUCACCUGCGGCAUCUGCGGGCAGAGCUUCAAGCACUUCCUGGCGCUGGUGACCCACAAGUACGUGCACCUGGUGCGGCGCACGCUGGGCUGCGCCGUGUGCGGCCGCAGCUUCGCCGGCGCCUACGACCUGCUGCUCCACCGCCGCACCCACCUGCAGAAGCGCCACUUCAGCUGCUCCGUCUGCGGCAAGCGCUUCUGGGAGGCGGCCCUGCUGAUGCGGCACCAGCGCUGCCACACCGAGGAGCGGCCCUACCGCUGCGCCGUCUGCGGGCGCGGCUUCCUGCGCUCCUGGUACCUGCGGCAGCACAAGGUGGUGCACACGGGCGAGCGGGCCUACAAGUGCGCCCUGUGCAACAAGCGCUUCGCCCAGUCCUCCAGCCUGGCCGAGCACCAGCGCCUCCACGUGGUGGCCCGGCCCCAGCGCUGCCCGACCUGCGGCAAGACCUUCCGCUACCGCUCCAACCUGCUGGAGCACCAGCGCGUGCACCUGGGGGAGAAGGUGUACCGCUGCGACCUCUGCGGCAAGAGCUUCUUCUACCUCUCGUCCAUCCUGCGGCACCAGCGGGCCCACGGCGCCCGCCGCGACCUGCGCUGCGCCGCCUGCCUCAAGCUCUUCAAGGACCCCAAGUACUUCAGCAAGCACGUGCAGACCCACCAGGGCGGGCACCCCUUCAAGUGCAGCACCUGCGGCGAGGCCUUCGCCAACACCUACGGCCUGAAGAAACACCGGCACCUCCACAAGCUGGAGCGCCUGGCUGCCCUGGGCCACAAGGACCCCUGAGGCGGGAGAGAUGGGGGGGGGGGCAGGCUGGGAGGGGAGACCCCUCAGUGCCACGUAUCCACCAGGGGUAGGAGGCAGGUGGGGGGCAGGCCCCAAAUGCCACAUAACCGCCGGGGGAGGGCGGCAGGUUGGGGGGCAGAUCCCUUAGUGUCAUGUGUCCAGCAGGGGGGCUGGCAGGUUAGGGGGCACGUAUCCACUGGGGUGGGGGGCAGGUUGGGAGCAGACCCCUUAGUGCCACGUAUCCCCUGGGGUGGGACGAGACCCCCUAGUGCCACGUAUCCACCAGGGGUAGGAGGCAGGUAGGGGGCAGACCCCAAAUGCCACAUAACCACCGGGGGAAGGCGGCAGGUUGGGGGGUAGAUCCCUUAGUGUCAUGUGUCCAGCAGGGGGGCUGGCAGGUUAGGGGGCACGUAUCCACUGGGGUGGGGGGCAGGUUGGGAGCAGACCCCUUAGUGCCACGUAUCCCCUGGGGUUGGGGGCAGACCCCUAAGUGCCACAUAACCACCGGGGGAGGGCGGCAGGUUGGGGAGCAGAUUCCUUAGUGUCAUGUGUCCACCAGGCAGGCUGGCAGGUUAGGGGGCAGACCCCUUAGUGCCACGUAUCCACCAGGGGUAGGAGGCAGGUUGUGGGCAGACCCUAUAGUGCCAUGUGUCCACUGGGGUAGGAGGUAGGUUGGGGGCAGACCCCUAAGUGCUACAUAACCACUGGGGGAGGGCAGCAGGUUGGGGGGCAGAUCCCUUAGUGUCAUGUGUCCACCGGGGGGGCUGGCAGGUUAGGGGGCACAUAUACACUGGGGUGGGGAGCAGGUUGGGGGCAGAUCCCUUAGUGCCACAUAUCCACUGGAGUAGGGGGCAGGUUGGGAGGAGACCUUCUGUCGUGGCCCCCCGUUUCCAUGGAGGAUCCUAGGACUCGGCGGCCCCUUUGGGUGACUGCGCCCAGCCCCGCUGGAGGACAUCUCGGCCCCUCCCGAUUUAAGGGAGCUUCCUCCACCUCCACGAACCCAGCCACGGCACCCCCACUGAUGGGCCACGGACUCCCCACCGGGCAGAGGCUGCUGGACCUGGUGCUGCCGAGGGGGCGAGACCCUCAGUGCUUUCCUAGACGUGGCCCCUUCCAGCUACCCCCAUGGACUGACGGGGGGAGAUUGGUGGGUCUCGCCGGCUGACUGUGCCCAGUGGUGCAGACUGGGAUCCUGGCGGACUGAGGUGGGUACGGUGUCCACCAAACGGACCCCCCGGUCAGCGUCUGGACAGCAGCACCCAGGCAGGGCUUGACACAGAUGGGAGCAAAGGCCGGGGGUGCCCUGGGCUUCUCCCUCCCCACGCAGCCGCCUGGAGCUGGGGCUGGCCAGGACCUGAAAUCCCGCUAGAGGGGCCUAAGUCUGCUCUCCCUAUCGCUGUCUGAAGGAGACGCUCUCUGCAGGACCCGUCGCUCACGCUGUGGGAACUCCAGCCACCCACGUGCUGCUCCCCGGGGCUGGAGACUAAUGCUGGGGGGCUGCUUUACCGCCGGCUGGUGACCCCCCCCCCCAACUCCCCGUUAGCAGGGUGGACGCAGGUCAGGCCCCAAGAUGGACCGAGGAGCUGUGCCACGAUUUGCUGGCAAAGCCCCCAGGUGGCUCUGCAGUGCCCAGCACAGCUGGAUGGGCCCUUGGGUGUCCUGGCCCAGUGUGGAGGUGGUAAUCUGGGUGAGGGGGGGAGCUGGCUGUGCAGUGGGGCUGCCUUCCCCCGAGUGGGGCCAGCCCUGGGGCUCAGACUGCCGCGGGGGCGGGGUGUCUGCCACAGCGAACUCUCCAAGGGUCAGACAGGUCCUAGUGGCUGGAUCUGGGGGUUAACCCAGCUGGUCGUCAGUGCAUGGCCCAGGGUGGGUCUGUUCUAACCUGAACUAGCCAAGUGGAGCAGCCCCAUGCGGGCGGGAAGCUCAGAGCCACGGCCAGACGCCAGGAGCUGCAACAAACAUCCCCAGUUCUGGCUAGCUAGCUACCCACCCUUCCCUCCCUCCUUCCACCCCCAUCCAUCCCCAUCCAUCCCUCUUUCCCUCGCUCCAUCCAUCCAUACCUCCAUCCCCAUCCAUCCAUCUGUCCCUCACUCCAUCCACCUUCCUCCCCAUACCCAUCCAUCCCCCUGUCCCUCACUCCAUCACCAUCCAUCCAUCCCUCUUUCCCUCGCUCCAUCCCUCCCUCCCUCCAUCCCCAUCCAUCCCUCCCUCCCCACCCAUCCAUCUGUCCCUUACUCCAUCCAUCCAUCCCUCUGUCCCUCGCUCCAUCCAUCCUCAUCCCUCCCCAUCUAUCCAUCCUUUCCUCCAUCCAUCCAUCCCUCCUUCCCUCCCUCCCUCCAUCCCCAUCCAUCCAUCCCUCCCUCCAUCCAUCCACCUCCACCCAUCUGUCCCUCCAUCCAUGCAUUCCCAUCCCUCCCUCCACCUCCUUCCCCAUACCCAUCCCUCCCUCUGUCCCUUGCUCCAUCCAUAGCCCCAUCCCACCCAUCCUCCGUCUGUCUCCGUGGUUUUCUCCCUGGGGCUCCACGGACCAUGGCUAGGAUUUCCAAAAGGCUCCGCACCUCCAGUCAAAAUGUUUAGGGGUCCACAAAUGAAGCUGGUCGAGUGUAUCCCUCUAACACCCCACUCACUGCUCUUUGUGUCUCUCCCCGUACACACUCCUCUAUCUAUCUGACUCCUGGGUUCUCGCCCUGGCUCUGGCAGGGGAGUGGGGUCUAGUGGUUGGGGGGGGGACUGGGAGCAGGGACUCCUGGGUUCUAUCCUGGCUCUGGGUAGGGAGUGGGGGCAGUGGGAGUCAGGCCUGGCCCAGCGGUGGUGGAGAAGGGCACCCCCAGCUCCUUUGCAGCUCCUUCAAUCUCCCCGACACCUCUCCGGGCAGAGACAGCGAACCACCAAGCAGGGCAAACACCCACCCCGGCAGCUGCAUCCUGGGAAAAGGGGGGGUCGCGGGGGUCCCUGCGCUUUGGGCCACGGGCCAGGACUCCAGGCAAACCAGGGGAUGGCUCCUAACAGAGAUUGGCCAUGCCCAGCCCCGCCAGCUCCUCCCCUCCCGUUUUAUUUUAUAACCCCACAGCUCUAUAAAUAAAUAUAAAUAUAUAGAUAUAUAAUUUUCUAACCCCUGAGAGGCAGAGCCGGGGCUGAGCCACCGCGGUCACACCUGGUGCUGCCCCCCCCCCCCCCCCGCAAUGGAAUGACUUAAAAAUACGUCUCCGUCUCUCUCCCCCAUCGGCACAAAUUCACCCCUCCCCCGGGCUGGCUAUGACCUUGGGGCUGCUCACUCGGGGCUGGCUGGGCCCCGGUUGGAAGGGGAGGGGUGCGUCUGUGUCUGUCAAAUUCAACCCCUGUCCCCUGCUGUUGAUGUGUAACUUCCCUGGUGUUGUACAGAUGAAACUGAUAUUAAAAACCGUGGAUGCGUA